AUGUCUCCUCGCGCCUGUCUGACGCUAGAACGAAAGCUCCAAGUGCACCUAAAGCUCAAGCAGAAUCCUGGCAUGAACAACCCCAUGCUCGCCGAGUGGAUCUACGCAACUUUCAAGGCCCGCGUCAGCCGUGCCACACUCGCCCGACUGCGCAACCUUCCUUCUUCCUACUUCAGCCACGUCGACCUGGGUGCGACCAAGCGGUGCCGAGUGAAAUUCCCUCAGUUCGAGCGGGAACUGAGGGAAUUUUUCUUUCAGAACGAAGCUAAAACGGCGAUGGCGGACGACGUGCUCCUGCUGAAGGCGCAUGAGCUGGCGGAGCGCUUAGGCAUCGAUGCCACGCAGCUCCGGCUAAGCAACGGCUGGCUUCAAAGCUUUAAGAAGCGCAAUGGGAUCCGCUCCUAUACGCUACACGGCGAAGGUGGCGCUGUAGAAGCUGAUGAAGUGCGAGAUGCGAGGCUAGAGCUACAAGAGUUGGUGGCGCAGUUUACACCCGAGAAUGUGUUCAACUUCGACAAAACGGCGCUUUUCUAUCGCUUAGCGCCUAAUCGAACGCUAGCUACGACUAUUCGCAAGGGCAAGAAAAAGGAGAAGCAACGUUUGACUUUGGCCUUCUGCUGCAACGCGACUGGCUCCGACAAGCUCGACCCAAUAGUCAUCGGUACGGCCAAAAACCCGAGGUGCUUUAAAAAGGGAGCGGUGAUUAAAGGUAAACCUAUAUUGUACAAGUCCUCCAAGAACGCCUGGAUGACAUCCGUCAUUUUUGACGAAUGGCUGCACCUCUUCAACAUGAGAAUGGCGGCCGCCAAUCGCAAGGUCCUACUUCUAGUCGACAAUGCUUCAUGCCACAAGAUUCUAUGA